AAAAAAAAAAAAAAAAAAUUGACAAACACAAAUUCCUAAAAAAAUUGAAGAACUGUUAAAAACCCCAGCAUAAACCCUGAAGUAACCAACCGCUCAUCCACACCUUGAUGACCCAAAAUGAGCAGAAGACACUUCAGCUCUAUACUCUUCAACUCCAUCUCUUCUUCUCCCCUUUUCUCUAGAAACUCAUCCCAAUCCUUCGUUUCUUCACUCAAAUCAUACCCACAAUGUCUCUUCUCCAGAUUCCUCUGCACCUCUCCGCCGGACAAUCUCGACGGCCUCCUCGAUCCCCAGGACUUCUCUACGCCGGAGACCCACUCUCUUUCCGCACAAGACUUCGCCUUUUUGCGCCACUCGCCGAAACUUGACCCCGAUAAGUGUUCUAACGACGCCGUUUUGAUUUCUAAUGCCAUUAGGAAUAGUUCUGAUUCAUUUGGGGAUGAAACCCACAAGUUUCUUAGGAGGUUUAGGGAUAAUCUGAAUGAAACUUUGGUGGUGCAGGUGUUGAGUCUUGUAAAGAGUCCUGAGUUGGGUGUCAAGUUUUUCAUUUGGGCAGGUAGGCAAAUUGGGUAUAGUCAUACUGCUUCUGUAUAUAAUGCAUUGUUGGAGUUACUGGAGUGUGGUAGUAGCGACAGAGUACCGGAGCAUUUUUUGCGAGAAAUUAUGGGUGAUGAUAGAGAGGUGCUUGGGAAGUUGCUUAAUGUGUUGAUUCGCAAGUGUUGCCGAAAUGGUUUGUGGAAUGUAGCUUUGGAAGAGCUUGGGAGGCUUAAGGAUUUCGGGUACAGGCCGAGUCAAGCAACUUACAAUGCAUUGGUUCAAGUGUUUUUGAGAGCUGAUAGGCUGGACACAGCGCACUUGGUUCAUGGGGAGAUGUUGGAGUUGGGGUUUAAGAUGGAUGAGUAUACGCUAGGUUGUUUUGGUCAUGCCCUGUGUAAAGCUGGGAGGUGGAAGGAGGGACUUGCAUUGAUUGAGAAGGAAGAGUUUGUUCCCGAUACUGUUCUUUAUACCAAGAUGAUUUCUGGGUUGUGUGAGGCUUCACUUUUUGAGGAAGCUAUGGAUUUGUUGAGCAGAAUGCGCUGUAAUUCUUGCAUUCCUAAUGUUGUAACCUAUAGGAUUUUGCUUUGUGGAUGUUUGAAGAAAAAACAGCUUGGCAGGUGCAAGAGAAUUCUUAGUAUGAUGAUCACGGAAGGUUGUUAUCCUAGCCCUGGGAUAUUUAAUUCUCUUGUUCAUGCUUAUUGCAGAUCAGGAGAUUACUCUUAUGCUUAUAAGUUGCUAAAGAAAAUGGUCAGGUGUGGGUGCUGGCCAGGCUAUGUGGUUUACAAUAUCUUGAUUGGUAGUAUCUGUGGACACGAAGAAUUACCUACCUUAGAUAUGCUAGACAUGGCUGAAAAAGCUUAUGGUGAGAUGCUUAAUGCAGGGGUUGUUUUAAAUAAGGUAAAUGUAAGCAAUUUUGUGCGAUGUCUUUGUGGCCAUGGAAAAUUUGACAAAGCCUACAAGGUCAUCAAUGAAAUGAUGAGCAAGGGUUUUGUUCCUGACACUAGUACAUACUCUAAAGUUAUUGGCUUUUUGUGCAAUGCCUCCAAGGUAGAACAAGCAUUAUUGUUGUUUGAAGAAAUGAAGCAAAACGGUGUUGUUCCUGAUGUCUACACCUAUACCAUCUUAAUUGAUAGUUUUUCUAAGGCUGGCCUUAUUGAACAGGCUCGGAACUGGUUUAAUGAAAUGGUAGGAAAUGGUUGUGCACCAAACGUGGUAACUUAUACUGCUCUUAUACAUGCAUACCUUAAAGCAAGGAAGGUGCCUGAUGCAAAUCAACUCUUUGAGAUGAUGUUGACUCAAGGUUGCAUUCCUAAUGCUAUUACUUAUAGUGCUUUGAUCGAUGGCCAUUGUAAAGCUGGAGAGACUGAAAAGGCUUGCCUGAUUUAUGCAAGAAUGAGAGGUAAUGUGGAAGUCCCUGAUGUUGAUAUGUAUUUCAAAAUUGAUGAUCAGAGUUUGAAAGAACCUAAUGUUCAUACUUAUGGAGCGUUGGUGGAUGGUUUAUGUAAAGCCCACAAGGUCAGAGAGGCCGGUGACUUAUUGGAUGCUAUGUUGGUAGAAGGUUGUGAACCUAACCACAUUGUUUAUGAUGCUCUUAUAGAUGGAUUUUGCAAGUCUGGGAAGCUCGAUGAAGCACAAAAGGUGUUUGCUAAAAUGUCAGAGCAUGGGUAUAGUCCAAAUGUGUAUACGUACAGCUCUUUGAUUGACAGGUUGUUCAAGGAUAAAAGACUGGAUCUUGUUUUAAAAGUCCUGUCUAAAAUGUUAGAAAACUCUUGUUCACCAAAUGUUGUUAUCUAUACAGAGAUGGUCGAUGGCCUUUGUAAGGUUGGAAAGACAGAUGAAGCUUAUAAGCUUAUGCUAAUGAUGGAAGAAAAAGGAUGUAAUCCAAAUGUUGUGACUUACACUGCGAUGAUAGAUGGCCUUGGGAAAGCAGGCAAAAUUGACAAAUGUCUUGAGCUCUUUAAAGCAAUGAGCUCCAAGGGUUGUGCUCCCAAUUUUAUCACCUACAAGGUUUUGAUAAACCAUUGCUGUGCAAUUGGUCUUUUGGAUGAAGCUCAUAAACUUUUGGAUGAAAUGAAACAAACAUAUUGGCCAAAGCAUUUGGCAGGCUACCGUAAAGUUAUUGAAGGUUACAACCGAGAAUUCAUAGCCUCACUUGGGCUUUUAAAUGAGAUAAGUGAGUGCGACUCAUUGCCAAUCGUUCACAUAUACAGAGUUUUGGUUGAUAAUUUUGUAAAGGCUGGAAGACUGGAAGUGGCUCUGGAGCUGCAUGAAGAGAUUUCUUCAUCUACUCCUUUUACAUCUGUGAACAAGGAUAUGUAUACUUUACUGAUCGAGAACCUAUCACAUGCAAAUAAGGCUGAUAAGGCACUGCAGAUGUUUGCAGAAAUGAUAAGGCUGGGUGGUUAUCCAGAGCUGAGUACAUUUUUCCACCUCAUCAAAGGGCUUAUUAAAAUUAAUAGGUGGGAUGAAGCUCUUCAACUAUCGGAUAGCAUAUGCCAGAUGGAUAUCCAAUGGGCUUCUGCGUGAAGAGACAUAUGACAGGAAGUAGUUUGUUUUCUACCCAAUGAUUGCUGUUCACUCGUUCACAGUCUGAUGACUCACCGCACAAUCUGAUGACUCACUGGACAAAACAUGGGCCCAAGGCUUAUGGCAGAUGGUGCUGAAUGGGCAUAUGAAGGUCACUGCUUUCACCUUGAUCAUCACAAGUAUGCUGCUGAUGUUGCUCAUCAAGUGCAAAGUUGGUUGGUGUUGAUUUCUAGGGAAGUUGUUGCUCUUUAGUUAAUCAUGUCUAGGUAGUGGUCUUUCCAAACUAUGUUUUGUUGAUAGAUAGGACAUGCAUGCAAACAACAUGCACAUACAUUUGUAUCAUUCCUUAGAGAACUCUUUAUACACCUUUGGGCAAUGGGGGCUCAGGUUAUGUGCAAAUUUCUCACUUCCCUGAAGGGUGAGGUAGCAGCAAUUGCUUCCGUGUUUGCGUGGGAUUUUAGUCCCUUUUUCUCAAUUUUUGUUUUUUCAAUUGUGAACUUACAUGGAGGCUUUAGUGAGCAUUUGGUAGGGUGUCAAUAGCCGAACCCUUGUCUGAAAUGGCCUAUGACAGUGUAAGUUACUAAGUUGUAAAUUCUUUCCCCAAGUACUUGUGGUUGAAGAAGUGUAUGCAUGUAACAUAAAUAUGAUUCAAGUCCUACUCGCUCAUCAUUCAGCUAAUUGAAUCUUUACCAAUUCAGUUUUAUCAUUUAAAUAAGUUUUCUUAUCUUGUUAUAUUUUGUAUUUGGAAGGUGAAAGAACAUUUGGGUAGAAGAAUGGAUGAGAUCCUGAAAAUUGAUUAAGAGGUUCUUUGAGUUUUCAUGGGAAUGUGGUCUUUAAAUUCUUAGAUUUUUACGUUCCUCGGAUUAUGGUUAAUUUUGUUGUCCAUUUUACCACUGUAGAACAAAUUCCCAUGAUUUCACUCGGAUAUCAGUUUAAUGGUGGGAGUCGGAGUCCUUGAGCAUAGCAUGAAAAAGGGGACAUGGGAAGACACAGUCAUCCAGAAUCUAUUUAGCAGCAGGUCCAGCCCACGAGAACUAGAACAGUCGAGGAAUCCAUCUGCUUGGUCCAAUGUUGAAGGUGUUAUCAUCCUCUAGGGCAUGCCAUCAGCAGGGCCACUUCCAUCUUCCAGAAAUGCGAAACCAAAAGAAGUCAGUAAGAAAGAGUGGUCUAGUUUUAGACAGGAUUAGGAAUCAACAUGGCAAGCUCCAUCAGAAUGUACAGUAUCUCUUGAUUACACUGAUUGCAUCCAUUCAGUAUGUGCCUCAUGCAUACAACUCCUUCCAAUUGAGAGUUUAGGUGAAACUGUGGGAAGGGUGAAUUGGUGUGAUGUACUAAUGAGAAUGUCAUGGAGCAAGGGAUUGGUUUCAUGGAAUAUCACGUCAACAACCAUAUGGUGCGUGCAGUCAGCUUAGGUUGUAUUUUGCAACUUGAAGACCAUGCAGAUUUGUAUUGAAAUGAGUUGGGAGUUGAUUUCUAUUCUGCACCAUUCAGUUGAGCACUUUUUGCUAGGUUUAACUAUGAUGUCGUAGUUGCAGAAUUUUUCAACUUGUUGUCUGGUAGUUCAAGCACUCACAAGCACCUAAUUAUGAGUUAAAACGUGUGCCCUAUGUCAGUUUGAGGGGAGAUUGCAAAUCACCA